AACUAUAAUAGCCUCACUGAUUUGAUCACCAUCACUGUCAUUUGAGUUUUGAAGCGGCUUGAAGAUGGAAAUAGUUGCUCCACAUGCAAGUAUGAUUGUACCUGAAGUUUCUUAAAAGCAAUAACUACAAAAGGUGAAGCAUUUUCAUGCAGCACUAUUUAGUGGGUCAAGAUUUUUGGGAUGUUGUUCAAUUAAGCCAGUUGUCUGCUGGAGGAAAUACGACGGAUUGGAUUAAAAAAAGUGCAUUAGCUCUGCAUGCCAUUAAGAUUUCAUGUGGAGAAGAAAUGUUCGACAAAAUAAAGGACAUGGAUUCUGCUAAAGAUGUUUGGGAUGCAUUGGCUGAAAUGCAUAAACCCCCAGUUGUCGCUCAGGAAAGUGCUAAGCACCCCCUAGAAAGGCGAACAGACAAUGAUGGAAAGAUCCCUGUUCAAUUGGCCUACAGCACAAUUCAAGAGGACAUGACACGCUAUCUGUACCGUGAGACUCCACUAGAGUCCCUAAACGUUGACCAUGGCUUCUACAUCCUUCAAGAGUGUAUAACUAGGAAAAUGUUUGGCAUAAGAGUGAAGGCAUACAUCAUCAAAGAAGAAAAGCAUCGAUCAUGCGUGGAGAAGAUCCAAGACUUUUUUAAGGCAAGCGUACAGAAGAUGACGGCCUCAUUUCAGUCAUGUGGAGCGAUAGUCCAACAAUGUUUUCUGUCAAGUGGGCUGGCAAUCGUAAUCACGCUUUCAAUGCCACUGAUCCUUGGUAAACUGAUCCUUGUGGCGCUACGCAUGCUGGUUUCAAUGCUCUCAUGGUACUUUGAUACGCAUUUAUAUCAGCUAAAGUUGAUGGAUGAGUAUGCCCGUGAGGUUAUACAUUUAAUAUGUCAUCAGUCAUUUUCAGAAUUAGAUCAGAACCAGUUUGUGCAAAGUAGAGCAGUGGAAGCAACAUUCCAGGCUAUCAAGAACGGCAUCCCUGAUAUUGUGAAAGAAAUUACAAAAGCUAAUGCAAAUAUAUUAUGGAGCAGUACAGAUCCUGAAGAUUCAAGAUCAAAAAUUCAAAACAUAUUUGCUUGUGCUGUAGCACAUCGUCAAGAGAGAGUGGCACACCUUCUUUAUGAAUCUGAGAAGGAGAAAAACAUGCUUCUUAUCACUGAUGAAGAUGGAAAUAAUACAUUACAUCUAGCAGCAAUGUUACCUCCUCAUUAUCAAUUAGGUUACAUCCAUGCUGCAGCUUUGCAGUUGCAAAAUGAAGUACGUUGGUUCAAGUUUACCAACGAAGCGAUAAUGAUGUCUAAAACUCUCUUGCUUUCUACAGCCCAACCGUCAUCGGAGGAAUUGGACCUUCUUGAUCGCAGCGAUCAAUCAAAUCCCCAAGGUACUCUGAUGGACGAAGAUCUCCCCACCGGCAACAUCCCACUGCCAUCUGGAGCAACUGCUGGGACUUCCUAUAGAGACAAACUGUUAGUGGUUGAGAACCCGUCAGUCAUUUCCUUCUCCACAAUACCUGGCUACAUGGAGGAAGAUUCAGAUGUGGAUGACGACCCGUAUGAUGAUGCUCCGGUUAUUCUGCUUUCUAAGGUAGAGAAACGACGGAUUAGGGAGCCAUGGAUGAAUGCUAUUAUCAUUAAGGCCUUCCAUCACAAGUCACUGGUUCGCUUCCAUGAUAAUGAAAAUUUGAGCAAGGUGAUCCAAGGGAGCCCCUGGUUUAUUGGUCCCUAUUUACUAACUAUGAGAAGGUGGGAACCCAACUUUGACCCGGAAGAAGCUCUCUACACAACAACAACCACUUCUGUUUGGGCCGAACUUCCCAAUUUAUCUGCGGAUCAUUACGACCCUGUUACAUUAAGGAAAAUUGGAAACAAGGUCGGUCCUUUGCUUCGUGUGGAUGCCCAUACAGCUCAUCAUACAAGAGGCAUUCUUGAUUUCUUCUGUUUAAGAUCAGGACAGUGUGUUAACCAUCAAAAAUCUAAAAUCCUGUUCUCAAAGAAUGUGGACCAGGCCUCUCGGGAAGCUAUUUGCUCCACACUGGGAUAUACUCCAAUGGACGAUUUGGGUAAAUAUCUUGGUAUACCUAUCUCAGCUCAAAAACUGAAUAAGAGCAAAUGGCAAUUUGUGGUGGAUGAAGUUCGUGGCAAACUUGCUACUAUCCAUAUGGAGUUGGAUCGCAUGUCCAGAAAUUUUAUGUGGGGUACCGAACCAAAACAUAGAAGGAUCCAUCUUGUAAGUUGGGACAAAGUCACUAAAGGAAAGAAGAAAGGGCUCGGGUUGAAAAGCUCAAAGGAAUCCAAUAUUGUUGCUAUGUCCUCACCUUUGUCAGCAACGGUCUUUGGCCCUCACAAUGCUAACUUUGCUAAUAUUACUAUGGAAGAGUACUUUCAAGCUGCGGGAAAGGCCCCUAACUUGAUUAACUAUGAUCUCCCAAGUAAUAUUCUUGCUAUUAUUCAAGCUACCCCUAUCUCCUUGUCUUCCACAAAAGAUGAUGGGUUUGCUUGGAAAAACUCCCCUGAUGGUGAAUUUUCUGCAGCUUUAGCCUACCAGUGCUUGAAGGACCCCACUAUGUCAGCUGAUAACAACUGGAAAUGGGUUUGGAAAGCCCCCACCCUCCCAAAAAUCCAACAUUUCAUAUGGCUGCUUACCCAUCGGCGACUUAAAUGCUUUGAUUUUCUUAAUAAGCUAGGCAUUUGUGCUUCGGCAUCCUGUCCUCGGUGUCAAGUUGGAGACGAGACUGUCAAACAUUUGGUUAGGAUGUGCCCUAUAUCAUCCCAAAUUCUAGGAAGUCUCCUACCUGGCAUCUCCACUACGCAACAGCAACAAUUAGGGUUUGUGGAGUGGUUUCACUUUAACUUUCAAUGCUCGGAGAAGUCAAACAUUCUAAACAUCCCUUGGAAUGUUGUUUUUUGCUUUGCCAUUUGGGGUAUUUGGCUUCAUAGGAACCAACUCAUACAUUCAACCCACCCCUAUCCUAUUAUUUCGGCCUCUAAGCUUAUUGUUGAAAGAGCAGCAGAAUAUUACAGUACAGUUCCUUAUAAGAGGCAGAACCAACGCCCCACUAGUAUGUACAAAUGGAUCAAGCCUCCCCCGUCCUUUCUCAAAUUGAACACCGAUGGGCCGAUGGCUCGGCCAUCGAUAAUCCUGGGAAGGUUGCAAGAGGUGGUCUAAUAAGAGAUUCUUGGGUAUAAAUUUCAUAUUAAUACAAAUAUUUUUUUUUUGUGUAAUUGUUCUUAUUGGCCUAAUUUUCAAACAUAGAAUUAUUGCCUACACUAAUAUAUAGUCAAUCUCAUAAAGACAUGAGUGGAGAAGGGAAGGUAGUGUGCGUGACUGGAGCUUCGGGAUUCAUAGCAUCAUGGCUUGUAAAGCUUCUCCUCGAUCGUGGGUACACCGUUAAAGCCACCAUUCGUGACCCAAAUGAUGCGAAAAAAACAGAGCACUUACUCGCCCUCAAUGGAGCUAAGGAAAGACUUCAUUUAUUCAAAGCAGAGUUAUUAGAUGAAGGGAGUUUUGAUUGUGUAGUGGAUGGGUGUGAUGGUGUUUUUCACGCAGCUUCCCCUGUGUUUUUUGAUCGUCCUGAUUACCAGGUUCAUCUCUUAAUAUUUGUGUUUCUCUGUAACUGUG